CCGAGUCAUUCGGUGCUCUUUCUCGAGGUAUUUUACGUACAAGUGUCGUAUCAAGAGUGUUCCAACAAUUUUACUCGUUAUGUGAACACUAUUUGUAUAUGUAUAUGAACGUAUAUAAACUGACGCGUGCGCUCAAACGUGCACUUUCUUUAACUUUUAACACGUUGUUACAUAUUUAUUUUGCAUAUUUCCUGUACGUAACUUUGGUCCUCUGAACAUCGUGAAAAAUAGAUGUGCACGUACGUGAAUUUUACAAACCUAUUCGCUACGCCUAGGAUCGGAAGAUUUAAAGUGACGUCAAAGAGGAUGCAAAUUUCUAUUCUUUGCAAAUUUUCAUUCUCAUUUUGAUCUAUCCACAACGAAUUGAAUGAGUUUCGUGCAAUGGCAAAUUCAACGUUGAUCGAGUUAGUGGCAUACAAGAAUAAAAUCAAAGAUUUGAGAAUGACGCAGGAAAUAAAGACGACGAUGUAUAUCGCGCUUAAGACGGGCCGUUUGUAGCUUUUGUACUUUUAUUUUGAAACUGGAACGCGUCGAUAGAAUUUGACUAAAUGUCGACGAAGGCAGAAGGACCAUCAUCUCCAAGACAAUUCUUCGCGCGAAUUUAUGGACACCUCGAAGCGAAAAAGGUCGAUGAUACCGAUAAUGAUCACGAAGAAACACCUAAGCCGAAAUCAAGCUUCGACUUUACUUCGAAUAUACUUCUGUACAACAGAAACACGUUAGAUGCGGACAAUUCGUGCAAUUCUUCGAACGAUGAAGUUAUACAAGUAAUGGGCAUAAAAGAAAGAUCCACGGAACGAGGCGGGAAACAGAAUAGCAAUGAAACGAACGUGUUAACGAAUGACAAGGAGAAGAACUCGAAUUUCUUUAAUUUAAGAUUACCAUUGUUUCACGAACUUCAUCAAUCCGGACCUACUAAUAAUCCUGUAUUUUUAUCUCAAGUUGCAUAUCCGUCUGCGCUUCCGCCGCAUUUUCAUAAUUUACCAUAUUUCCCAACUUCGGAACACCAUUUGCAAGGAUUCUCAGCUUUCUUAGCUCGGAAAAGGAGGAAAGAGGGACGACCACGAAGGCAAAGAACCACUUUCAGCGGGGAACAAACAUUGAGAUUGGAAGUUGAAUAUCGUAGAGGAGAAUAUAUUUCUAGAGGACGAAGAUUUGAGCUUGCUACAUCUUUACAUCUUACAGAAACGCAGAUAAAAAUUUGGUUCCAAAAUCGUCGUGCAAAAGAUAAAAGGAUAGAGAAGGCACAACUUGAUCAAUAUUAUCGAAACUUCGCAAUUUCCAGUGGAAUGAUAAAUUUGCCAAUUUAUGGUCGAAGUGGAUUCUGUGAAUUCUGUUUUUAUAAAAAGACUUUUGGAUCUGCAAGCAGUCACUCCUGUACUUCGACGAGUCCUGUUACCGGAACUUUUACAAAACCACAAUGUAAUGAAAGUGAAAUAUCAGAUAGUAGAUCAAAUGUACUAUUUUCUGUUUGAAGUUGGAAAAACUAAAUUUUCUACUACAAGCUAUUAACAAAUAUGUACUAAGCUUCAAUAGAACAUAUUAUAUUUGUGUUUUAUAAAUAAGUUACGGUAAAUAAUUGUAAGUAUUGUAAGAAUUAAUGUAUUAUUUUGUGCAAAUCCGAUAUUAAACUUAAUAUUUUAAAUUUAAAACAAUUGCAAUCCACUGUAAAAAGAUUAGUAGCAAAUAUGCUAAAAAAAUUUGCCAAAAUAGAAAAUCCUAGUAUUGUUAAAAAAUGUUAACAAUUCAGAUAUAAAUUAAAAUACAGUAAUAAAAUGUGUAUAAUACAAGCGAUUUGACAGAUAACAAUGUAUUAAUUCAAAUAAUCUUUAAAUGCGUUGAAUUGCACAUUAAAAUACUAUCUUUUUAUACAUAUACUGGCGACAUAUAGCAUAUUGCUACGUAUUAUUAAAUGGUCACUUAAAAUGUAACCGUAAUUUGUAACAAUAAAUAAUAGUAAUACAAACAUUGUAAUAUUUUUUCAUUAUUUCAAGAUCAAACGCAGGAAGAUAUAACAUAUUCCAAGAGAAACAUGACAGAAAGGUAGAAGGGUAUACAUGAAGAAGAACAACCACAUACUGAAAAAAGGUUUAUUACAUUAGAAAAGUUUCCCAAAUUACAUUGCUGAAAAUUAAUGUAAAUAAUUAGUUUUUUUAUAAUACAUAAUAAUUUAAUAAUUACGUUAUUUAACAUCUUUCUUACAAUAUUAAUAAACAUGCUUAAUGAACCAACGAGUAAUCAAACUAUAAAAGUUUGUUACUCAUCUUUAGGAUCUAGCUAAUUUUCUUUCACCCCUUGUUAUUUUAUUCCAGUCUAAAAGUUGAAAAUUGAUUAUUUUAUAUUAUUUUACUUGUGCAAAACAUUAGUUUAUGUAAAAUAGAUGUUUCGUAAGAAAACCACUAAUCUGUAAUACUUAACUAUUUAUUUUUUUCAAAAUUAUGAUAAAAAAUAUAAAGAAUAAGAUUUUAUAAUAAAGAUUUUACCUUUUGCAUAUUUUUCUCUUUUAUAUUGAAUUUCAUUAUCCAUUUAAAUAUCAAUGCCUUAACAUUCUGUAAUAUUCUUGUACAUUUAGUUUACUCUCUGCAAUAAAUAAUCUUUAAGAUAUAAAUAACAAAAAAAUAUAUUUCAAAAAGUUAUGACUUACUUGUUCCAAUUUGUAACAUUUGUUAAUUUUUUAAAUUGGACACUUAUUUUUUUAUAAGAGCAUGUAAUUUCAUAAAACUUACUCCUUAUUGGUCCAUAACUUAUUUCCUUUCUAAAAGACUAGUUAUAAUAUAUUAUAUUACAUAAACUUCUCAAGGGAUAAGCCUGUCACAUUCAAUAAUGGUAAAAUUAAUUUCAAAUUUAGGCACCAAGACUAUGACAUGUCCACAUACUGCAUAUAACUCAAUUAUACUGCACAGAACAGCAUAAAUUUGUUAUGUGACUUUUUAAAUAUAUUAGGUAACUAUUAAUUUCUAUAUAAAAAAUUUAGAUUUGUUUCCCUUAUUUUUUGUACCAUUAAUAUAAUGUACGUUGUAUAAUUAUGAUAAUUUUGAGUGUUAAAUAUUAUAAUAGUAUAAUUGUAAAAUUAAAAAAGCAGUCGAUUUCAACUUACCUCCUAUGACGAGUGACAACGGUAGCUGUGACACGGAGCGCUC